AUCACGGUCUCGCCUGCUCUACUUCCACCACUUCCUCCCACUUGCCCAAGCAAUUCCACCUGUCGCGCGCACCUCUCGUAAACUAGGACAUUGACAUCAAACCUCGGAAUCAGCAUCAAACGCGACAAGAUGUUGCCUACUGGGCGCGGCGCCAUUGCGCAUGUGGAGUACACGGGCGAGGAGGCUGCACCUGAGAUCAGGAAGCUCCUCAGCGCAGUAGUCGAGAACGAAGACGAAUUCGACAGAUGGGAGGCAAUCGUCACUCGCGCCUCUGAGCUCGAGGGCGGCGUCACUCGUAACUCGAGUCCAUCGGCAAUUGAACUUGUGCGCAACGUAUACGACUGUUUCCUCCAAAAGUUCCCACUCUUCUUCGGAUACUGGAAGAAGUACGCCGACCUCGAGUUCGCGAUAGGAGGCACCGAGACCGCCGAAAUGGUGUACGAGCGUGGUGUAUGCGCCGUCACCACCUCUGUUGACCUGUGGGCCAACUACUGCACCUUCAAGAUGGACACGUGUCAUGACAACGACAUCAUUCGAGAACUUUUUGAGCGAGGAGCUCAUUUUGUCGGUCUUGACUUCCAAAGCCACCCCUUCUGGGACAAGUACAUCGAGUUCGAGGAGCGCGUAGGGGAGCCUGCAAACGCUACCAAGAUCUACAGUCACGUCCUGCUGCUUCCUAUUUACCAGUUCUCCCGCUACUACGAGAAGUUCACCGCCCUCAUUGGUACACGACCCAUCGAAGACCUUGCCGAGCCCGAAACACUUGAGACCAUCAAGAACGCAAUGCAGCUGGAAAACCAAGGAUACCCCGAGAAAGCCCCUCUUGAGCUUGAGCGACAGCUCCGCGAGAAGAUCCAUGCGUACUAUUACGAAUCGUACUCGCGCACACAGCAAGAUGUUCAGAACCGCUGGAACUAUGAGCAGGCUAUCAAGCGCGCAUACUUCCACGUCACGGAGCUCGAGGAUGCUGAGCUUGGAAACUGGCGCAAGUACCUCGAUUACGAGGAAAAGCAGGGCGACUUCGAACGCAUCUCAUUCCUCUACGAGCGUUGCUUGGUUGCUUGUGCGCUCUACGACGAGUUCUGGCUACGGUACGCACGGUGGAUGUUCUCCCAAGGCAAAGAGGAGAACACGCGCAUCAUCUAUAUGCGAGCCAGCUGUGUCUUCGUUCCUAUCGAGGCUCCCACUAUUCGUCUGAAUUGGGCACGUCUUGAAGAGAAGCUUGGCCGCAUCUCGGUCGCCCGCGAGAUACACACAGCUAUGCUUGAACAAGCCCCAGAUCACGUCGAAACCAUCGUCUCUCUGGCUGGCAUUGUGCGAAGGCACGAAGGCAAUGAUGAGGCUGUCAAGGUCCUUGAGGAAUACAUUGGCCAACGCAGCAGCCAGAUCGGCGGGAUAUUGGUUGCAGAACAAGCACGCAUCCUGUGCCAGUGCAAGGGUGCGGUCGAGGAGGCUCGCCAGGCUUUCAAGGACAAGCACCAAAAGUGCUCAGAUUCGAAGGACUACUGGUAUAAGUACCUGCAAUUCGAGAUCGACCAACCUUCCUCUGAUCAAGAAGAGGCCCACAAGCGGGUAAAGGCGGUACACGAGUUGGUGCGCACCAAAGGCCGUCUCUCGCCAGAAGCAUCGAAGAAGCUGUCACACUUCUACAUGGAAUUCCUGCUCAACCGCGGAGGCAAGGAUGCGGCGGAGGAAUACAUGAAGCUAGACAAGGAGGUCAACGGGUAUGUAUCAUCUGCUUCAAGCGAUCCCUCCCAGUCCCACCCCUCGAAACGAAAGAAGCAGCCUCACAACGCAGCAAACAAGCGUCAACGCAAGUGA